AUGGCUUCGUCGUCGUCCUUGUCUUCAUUGCCGUACCUCCCCCUCCAGCCCCAGCAGCCACAGCAGCCACAGCAACAACAACAGCAACAACAACAACCACAACAACAGCCGCAGCAGCAGCCGGUCAAGUCGUCGCUGCGCCGUGGCGGUGCAAACAGCAACAGUAGCAGCACGACGAGCCUUCCGCCGCCCUCUGCACCCAACAGCAACGGCACCACCACCACCACAACCACAACCACCACCACCGCGAACGCAACGACGACCAUGGCGUCUGCUGUAGGAUGGCCAUCAUCGUCAGCAUUGGCGGCGUCGUCGUCGUCGUCGUCGUCGUCGUCCAACAAGCUGAUGAACCCGCAGGAGCUCUUCCAGUUCGUGCAGGGGCCCAACCAGUUUGGCACAAUGAUGCCUGCACUCGAUACGAGUCCAAAGACCGAGCGGCGGGCCUUUGCCAGCAGCAGCAGCGGCAACGGCAGCGGCAGUGGCAGUGGCAGUGGCGCUCGCAGCCCAGCCUAUGUGGUUGUCUCAACACCACCAGCAGCUACGACACCCCUCGCACCAUCGCCAUCGCCAAUGGCAGGAGGGCCAGAUGCUGCUGGGCUUCCUGCCCCUCGGCGGCGCGCCGCGUCUGCGAAUGCUCGGUCGUCUGCAGCGUAUCGCGCUGCUGCUGCUGCUGCUGCCGCCGCUGCUGCCGCGACCGCGUCCAGUAGCAGUACUGCUGCCGACAUGAGCGUGGCUACUGCUGCUGGGCCGUCGUCGUCGUCGUUUGCUGGCGUGUCUGGUUCGCCGUCCCCGUCCCCAACCCCGUCCCAGCCAGGAAUGUUCUUCCCUUCGUUGCAACAACAGCAACAGCAGCAACAGCAACAACAGCAGCAACAGCGAUCCAUGUCCAAGUCACACUUCUUCCACAACCCACUGGCUCAGCACCAGAUGGCCGGCUCGAACAGCACGAACUCAACAUCCAACACGGUCAACUCGCUCAUCCAGCAGCAAAUGCAGGUCCAGGUCCAGCUCCAGCUGAUCCAGCAGCAACAAUUACAGCUGCAACAGCAACAGCUGCAGCAGCAACAGCAGCAGUACUUUUUCCGGCAGCAGCAACAGCACCUGCAGCAGAUGAAUCGCGACAAGGACAUUACUGCGUUUGUCAAUCAAUCCAACACGACGCUCCUCGAGAGCAUGCUUGAAUCGUCGUCAGAACAAGACCCCGAGGUCGACAACCUCAUUCUCUCACUCAAGGCAUCCACAAGCAUGGAUGACCAGCCGCUAUUUGACAGCGCGCAGCUCCAGCAACAGCAGCAACAACAGCAACAAAACCAAAUCGCAUCCGGCUAUGGCUUUGAUGCAGCGAAUACCCGCGGUCGCUCGUGGUCUUCGGGGCAUGACAGCGACAUUAGCGCAAGUACUGGACCGCCAAACCCGACGACAGGUGGCUCGCGUCUCUCUGGAUUGAGCGUCGCCAGUGGCAGCAACUUUGGUGCCGGAAAUUUCGGCGUCAACUUUGACUCGUCCUCCUCCACCAUGGCCGAUUCGGACUCGAUUGCUUCCUUGGCCCAGUCGGUGGGCUCGGAUCACACUCUCGCCUCGGUUCUUCGCGACCAGAUUCAGCAAUUGACGCAAGAGUACCAAGCCGCGUCGUUCAAUCCCGCCCCUGCGCCAGCCUUCCGAACCAUGCGCCACUCGCACUCUGCUGGAUUCAGCGCGGCCUCGUCGGCAUCCAACUCGGGCACCUCGUCCCAUGCCUCGACUAGCCCCUCUGGCAUGGUGGGUGUGGAUCAACCCGACACGACAGCUCCCUCCGGCAACAACAGCAAGCAACAUCGCUCCAAACUGCCUCCGCGUCGCAUGUCUCUCCCGUCGGUACAACUCGCCAAGGGCAAGCCCGAGCAUCUUGCCAGGCUGAAGCGCGGCGGCAAUGCGCGAGGCGACGAAAUGAGAAAGUCAGCCCUCACGGCCUCGCCAUCGCCGUCGGGCGUCGAUAUCGCAGCCGCACUUCAGCAGGUGCAGCAGCUACAGCUCCAGCAAAACCCCCUGCCCAUCGAUUUUCGACGACCUGGCUCUGGUGCAGAGUCUUUCGGUGGCGUAUUGCAAGACAAUCUGCGUCAACGGCGAGGGAGCAUGCCGACGCUUUCGGUGGAAACGCACCAUCUGCCUGCGUCCGUUCCGCAGCGCGUUGUGCCGAUUGGUCAACACUUUCUUCCCGAAUCGCUGCGCGCUCGUACGCUUCAGAACCAGACAGACAUGAACAAUGGCAGUGUCAACAUGAUGCAGCAGCCAUUCCAUCCGGGCCAGGAGCAACGAUCCAUGACGCGACAGCAUUCGCAGCCCAUCCAGUCCUCGCAGGUCCACUUGCUCAUCUCCAACCUGCUUGCACUCGAGCAGCAACACCCGACCGCGAGCAAGGACGACGUGUUUCGGCAUUUUGUUGAGACGUAUGCUGCGCAUCUCAACAACUCGCUGGUGCAACAGCUCUAUUUGCAGUUUACGCAUGCACCGCCCGCCAACUGGCGUUCUGCUUCCCUAUCCAUCCAGCAGCCUUCGCUGCAGCAACAGCAGCAACAGCAGCAUCAUCAACAACAACAACAGCAGGCUUUACAGCAACAGCAGGCUUUGCACCAACAACAGCAACAACAACAACAGCAGCAGCAGCAACCGCAACAACACCAACACACGGCCCAUUCCCUGCUGAUGCAGCAAUGGCAGCUGGUGGAACAAGACCAAGAAUCUGAACACGAGUUGCUUGGCUCCAACACGCUCUCUCCGAUGGCUGAGAUGCCUGGAAUUGGAGACGAAUCGUUGGACCUUCUGAUAAACACGGAACUGUUUGGAUUGCCUCUCAGUCCCAGCAUGCUUGACCUGUCUACCGAAGUCGACAUUUUCCAAACUCCGGUUUAG